AUGGGGCGAGUCGCACGGCCGCCGGACGACGAGGGGAAGCCGCGCGCCACCGGUCGGGGAAGGGGCCGGGCCACGCCGCGCCGCCGUCGGACGCCAGGGAAGGAGUGGACGCCGUCGCCACUGCUGGGAGAGAGAAGGGACGUACCGCCGUCACCGGGGAAGGAGUUGCCGUGGAAGGUGUGGCCCGAGAGGCGCAGGGCGAGCCAUGCCGUCGCCGGGAGCGGCAUCCGCCACUGGUUGGGGAUGCGAAGCCGCGCGUGCCCGUCGGGACGCAUAUCUGCGCGGAGAGGUGGAGGGCCGGCAGCCGCGCCGCUAGGAAGGUGGAUGGGCCGCCGCCUCACUGGGAAGGUGGGGAUCCACCGCCUCACCGGGAAGAUUGCAAGAGAACUGAUUGUUCAAGACCACCCAAUGAACUUUGUACGAGUUGGUUUUAAGAUCGAUAUGUAG